AGCUGGCUUCAUAGUGGGUGCAGUGCUUAGGGGAAUGUUAAAAAUUAACUAAGAUAUUCAACUGAUACCAUAUCUGUGCAGCGUCCCACCCAUCCAAUAACACAAAGGUUGUCCCAGGUAACUUUGAUUUCAGUUCAGAUCACAAGAUCACCAGUGAGCCAGACGGCAGACGAUCUCAGCCGAUAAAGAUACAAAAGGACUCCUGAGGUUCCAAAGCAGUCUGAGACUACCGCUUCACAGGUCUGAGAAAAUUGUUUCUUCACUGGACACAAACAACAAGCUUUGAACCUGAUGGCAGCCCUCAAAGACAGUCAGAGCAGAGACAGUCUCAGGAUGGUGCUGAUUGGAAAGACUGGCAGUGGGAAGAGUGCAACAGCAAACACCAUUUUAGGCUACGAUCAUUUCACUCCCAGAGUUGCCCCAAAGCCAGCUAAUACAUCCUGUGAACAAGCAACAGGGGAGAUUGCUGGAUGUCCUGUCACUGUGGUCAGCACCCCCGGCUUGUAUGACACGCAUCUGUCUAAUGAAGCGAUUCAACAGGAGCUUUAUAAGUGCUUCACUAUGUUAGCUCCUGGACCUCAUGUGUUCUUACUGGUGCUGCAGAUCGGGUUCAUUACUCCACAGGAGUUAGACUCUGUUGAACUGAUCAAGAGGGUUUUUGGCGAGAAGGCUAAAGAUUUCAUCCUCAUCAUAUUCACCAGGGGAGAGGCACUGGAAGGUCAGUCAGUUGAGAGUUAUAUUGAAUUUUGCGGUGGCUCUGUCAAAAAACUUGUAAAUGACUGUGGAGGGAGAUACGCUGUCCUCAAUCACAGAGCAGGGAAUAACCAAGAACAAGUCAGAGAGCUGCUGACAAAGGUCGAGACCCUGGUGUGGGCAAAUGGUGGCAACUGCUACAACGCUGAGGUGUUCCAAUUAGCGAAAGGAGUCUAUGAAAGGGAGAGGGAGCAAAUCAUGAGUAUGGGACACUAUGUCAGUGAAAGAGAAUAUAAGGAAAUGCAAGCAAAGCUAGAGAGAGAUAGACAACAAAACCAGGCAGAGGUACAAAAACUCAGACAAGAAGUGUAUAAAAUGAAUGCAAAGCUUUCAGAGAGAAACAACGAAUGGGGUUGCAUCAUCGCCUAAUGACAGGGAACAGAAAACAUUUACAACAAAUCCACCUGAAAAUGUCUUGCUCUCAUUGAGAGAGCAAAUUUGAUCCACUUACAGAGUCAAGCAUUGUUUGAAGUACAACACUCACAGCUCAAAAGUGGAGUUAGAAGAAGUGGAAGCAGAGUUUUCACUGGGUUUGUAUGUAAUUGUGCCGUAUUAAUGGAUACAGGUAAUCAUUUUAAAUUCCUCCUGGAGAUAAAUUAGCCUCAGAUUGAUAUGAACCAAGCAGCAGCUUCCUGUCUUGAGAAAUAAAGCCCAUGUGGGAGUGUUAAAAACUGCAGUUCCUCCAGUGGCCACUUGAGGCUGGCUGCAGAAGCACCUGAAACCACAUACACACCUAUUCUAAAAAACUGAUCUUACAGCCUGGUUCAAAAAAGGGUUUUGGUCUAAAUAGCUAAUUUCUUGGUACAAACUGUACCGGGGUUGAACUGUUAAAAUUACCUUUUAAUUAUUUUUGAAAAUAUGAAUGGAGUCUAUGACAUGAACUUAUAGUAAUCCCUUCUUGGUAUCAUGGUGGGAUUUUGCUCUGAGCCUCUUUCUCAUGUUUAAAACUACUGAGACAGAAAUCUGUAACAGGAAGUCCACUUAACACAUUAACUGCAUUGUAUAGCACCUGGGCAACCUGUUAGUUUCUGUUAUUAUGAGCAGGCAACUAACUAUUUGUAAUAAUAUAAAACUAUCUUUUUUACUAGAAUAAAAUAGGGAUGAGGACUAAUGGUACUUGUAAAUGUUGAAAAUGUAAGCAUGGUUUAUUCAAGGUUUUUGUCUACAAUCAAAUCAGUGAUGUUUGAAACAAGUUUUAACUUCUGGGACAGAGCGUAGUGACCUCAAGUGUAUCUCAGAACAAUGUACAUAUCCUAACUUCAGAAUGAUUUGAGUUGUGUAAAUGAGAGUGGAGAUUGAAUCUGGCCCUGUGUCUGUGUAUCUGCUGCCCUCUGCUGGUUUCCUGUUAUCAUUGGUUACUGCUCAAACAGUCUGCAGUGUGCUCCAGCUGAAACAACAUCUUGUUUUCUUUGAAUCGUUUUCUUAACAUGUUUUUAACUUUCAUAAUCUUCUAUAUUUGACUUUAUAUCUUUAAUGUUUGGUAAUAUGUCCGAGCACUGACAUGGUUUGUGUCUGUAAAUAAUCUCAAUGCUGUUUUUUUUCCUCUGUGUUGUUUAUUUGUAAAUAAAGAGCCUUUUGCUUUCACACUG